AUUGUAACCCUUCUUGGUCGCAGUCUUAGCCUAUUGGGUGGCUCUAGCUCUAACAAUAUUUUUAAGUUUUAAUUGUUUCUACCCAAAUCCUUGAUAUGUGCUUUAAGUUUUUGUUUUGGACCCUACUUAUCAUUUUGUGUAGUAUAUUUUGCCACUUAAAUGGUUCCUGUAACCUUUAAUAACUUAUUAUUUACGCAUAGGCCUAAAUAGUGCAGUAGGAUAACAAAAUAGGAAGAAUGGAACUUCAGCAUCCAGUGAUGCUGGAAAUACUCAAAAUGGGAUGUUCUAAUCGAAUGAAAAUGGCCACAGCUUUUCAAACUUACAUGAAACUGUGUGAAGUUGACAAACUGUGGGAAAUACAGAUCUUCUUUGAAAAAGAGCUUGAUCUCAUAUAUUUCAUAUCCUUGGUCAAGAAACAAGAAAUGAUUUACACCCCAUUAACAGUCCAGCAGCAAAUGACCCCAAUGUUGAUGUACUCUGUCAAGACCAUUCUAAUGGAAAAACACCCAAAUGCUCAGAUCAAUAUUGUAUUAAAAACACCAGACCAUAGUUUUUUGACUUAUAAGUUUGAUGAAGGCUUGUGCCCUCCACCCACUCCUGACUCUACCAAAGAAAAGAAGGCUUUAAAAGAAAAGAUGCAAUACAUUCAAUCAGAGCUGAAUAAACGUAAACCAGAACUUUAUGAAGAAGCUAAGAGAAAACAGAAUGAUAAUUCUGAGAGCGAUGAUGAAGUAAAGAUAGAAGAAAAUUACGAUGGGGAAGAACUGUAAAUACAGUCCAUUAUCUUUAUAUAUUUAUUGAAUAAAAUAGUUGCUUUACAAA